GGCAUUUUAUAAAAAUUAUUAUUUUCUUUGGCUUUCUCUAAAUUCGUUUUUAAGUAGAAGUGCUGCGGAAAAAAGUACUUUUACAAGAAGCAAUAUCAAAGGGUCUCCUACCUUGUUUGGAUGAAAAGAAACCAAACCGGAAAGUGACCCUAAUUCUACGUGGAAUCUAAUACUACUAACUUUGUUUUCCUUUUAAUUCAUGCAUAUCCAUUUUCUUUCCCUGAUUUUCACCUUGUUUUCAUUCUUGUACGUUAAAGAAAAUCGGCCAUGGAACAUAUGAUAACCAAGGGAAUUCUUGUUGGCGUGGGAAGUUCCGGCAAGGUGCACAUGGCAUUCUCCAAUGGCCGCCUACUAGCUCUGAAAUCUUCGUGUUCUUCUUGUUAUUCUUCACUUCAAAAGGAGGAAGAGAUUCUUCAUAGCCUUGGACACUGCCCAGAUAUUGUUGACUGCUUUGGAGGUUACUCAACCCAGGAAGGCAAUGGCGUUUUGGUCUAUAAUUUAGUUCUUGAGUAUGCACCCGUAGGAAGUCUUGAGAGUUUGAUGAUACGGAGGAAGAGCGGAUUGCUGGAGAGUGAAGUUCAGCGUUUUACGAGAAUGAUUGUUAGGGGUCUCCGUGAUGUCCACAAGGAAGGCUUCGUCCACUGUGACCUGAAGGUCGAUAAUAUACUCGUGUUUCAUUCUGAAAAUGGCGGGCAUAAAGUUAAGAUCGCUGAUUUUGGACAUGCUAAGAGGUCUGGAAGGGAGGAGUUCAGUGGGGCGCUGGGCUCCCAGCAUACUUCAGAUGACACCCCGCCGGAAUGUAGUGGAAACGGAGAAAGCGAGGCACCUAAGGAUAUAUGGUCUCUUGGGUGCAUGGUGGUCGAGAUGUUUACUGGGAAACCAGCUUGGAUGAAUUGCAAGGAUGUAAAUGAGUUGGCUGUCCGUAUGGUUUCUUGGAGGCAAGUGCCUAAAGUACUCGGAAAUAUAUCAGAAGACGCCAAGGAUUUUCUGAGAAGGUGUCUGGAGAAGGAUCCAACAGAGAGAUGGACGGCUGAAAGGCUGUUGAGUCAUACCUUUAUUACCCAAGUUCCGGCUUCAGAAGUUCCGGCAAGUCAAUAAGUUCCAUGAGAAUCAGUGGCUUCGUCUUCCUUGGGACCUCCUGGGGAGUGUUGGGUCCGUUCAUUGCUUCCGAAUAUAUGUCCUUCUGCUUCUUCAUAGAGG